GAGGAGCGCAGCCCUCGUUGCGCGAACGGAAGACGUACCGGUGCUGAACUGAAGAAAAGCGCUCAACCGUUGGAUGGAGAAUGGGUGGCAUCUGAGGGGGGAAGUCACAUGUGACUUUGCUUCAGCAAGCGUAGCCACACCGCCGCUCGCCGCCAUCCCGAGAUCCUUCCCGACUCGCCUCGCCGCGCUCGCCUGCAUCUAGGUUUCCCAGUGCCGCACUGCCGCCCCUCCAUCGCCCCCAUCCUCCACCUCCCAGUCUCACCGGAUCCAGACGACACGCCGGUCUCCUUCUGGUUCUUCCGCUUCCCCCGUCUUCGGCGACCUCCGGCUGCCUCCACCCCCGCCGGUCUCCACCGAGCCCUGUGCUUCCGCCUCCCAUCGACUGCUCCGGACUAUUGACCUCGGCCCGGCGCUUCAAAGGCUGCUGCCAUCGACCGCAUCGACCGCGUGGAGCGCCGCUGUCCGCACUUCGAUCCGGAAUCCCGGUAAUCCUCGAAACGCGGAUCGAUCCGGUGUUCGCAUGCAAUGAGGGGCCCUCACACGCCGCCAGACGCCGCUUCCACCGCUCCCGACUCCUCCCGACUCGCCCCGCAGCUGGGUACCUACGCCGCCACCUGCGCCUCCGCCACACGCCGCGCGGCCGCCCUCCCUCAACUCCCGUCGUUCUGCCUGCUGGCCUGGUUGGGGCGCUGGGUGGGUGCGCUGCUCGCCCGCUCCCGCCAGCCGUAGGGGCCGUGCCGCCGCGCCUUAACACCAGCACGGCGGCACACCUCGGCGCCUCCGCGGCUUCGCCCCAGCCGGCAGCCACCAGACGCCUCCUGCCCGGCCGCCGGCCGCCUUGACACGUUCGAGUUCUUCAGCUCGUGUACUGGUACUGCUACCUUCUGGUUCGUACUCGGAAAUCCUAAUCCGAGAAGAGGAUCCUUGGCCUCAGCUUCAUUUCGUAUCUCUCUUGAUUGCAGCUUCUGUACUCCCAGGUUUCCCUCAAACUAUUCAAGGAAGCAAUUCUCUCAUUUCCUGUGUACAUUGUUGGUUGCUGAAAUUACUGUUUGGUGGUAGCAUAAGGAAGGAUCGCAAUGGCCACAUCAUCAGCAUACCCUCCGCCUCCACCAUUUUACCGACUUUACAAGGAUUACGAGCAGGAUCCCUCAUCUGCACCAGAACCUCCACCGCCAAUUGAUGGAAAAUAUACAGUAUAUGGUGCUGAGCACGAAAUAAAUCAGGUGUUGCCAAGCUUGGAGAGUCAAGGUAUUCAUCAGCUUUAUCCAAAGGGCCCCAAUACUGAUUUCAAGAAGGAGCUAAGAACCCUCAACAGAGAGCUUCAACUGCAUAUUUUGGAGCUCGCAGAUAUUUUAGUGGAGAGACCAUCUCACUAUGCUCGCAGGGUAGAAGAUAUUUCCCUCAUAUUCCAGAACUUACACCAUCUUCUCAAUUCCCUUCGGCCUCAUCAGGCAAGGGCCACAUUGAUUCACAUGCUUGAGAGCCAAAUUCAGCGUCGCAAGCAGGCAAUUGAAGAUAUAAAACAGAGGAGAGAGGAAGCGCAAAAGCUGCUUGGCAAAUCACUGCUUGUCAUAGAUGGAAGCCAAACUAAUUAGGCUGAUGCCAAUUUGGCUGUUGGAAGACAGACCAGUGCUCUGAGUUAAAGAAAUCUAAAUAAUCUUCAGAUCAAUAGCUUGUGGAGCCAACCAGGAGACGGCUUUGAGAUAUUUCUGGCUUGUGGUAUCUGUUGGAGGCUUGGGGCCUUUUGGUAUUUUCAACUUUGAUCACUGAAUCUUGUACAUACUUUAACGGUCGAUGCUAACAGGCUUAAAUGUGAUGUUUAUGUUCAUGUUCCGUACUUUUUCUCAGUUGGAUAUUGUUGAAUUAGUUUGUAGUCUGAGCGGAUUGUUGAAUUUUGUUGCUUUGUGAUUGCAUGCCGAAGCAAGUGGAUGGAAUACAAACGGAUUAAUCCUAUCCUAGUUU